GCAACGUAGUAGGGAAAUUCCAGGGAGUAAAGGCUUGCCGUAAAAAACCACGCCCCUUAGGUCAUAUUUGCGCAUGCGCAAUUCGCCUACCUUUUUCCAUGUGUACGUGUGUGUGGGCUGCUGAGGGAGCGAAGGACCGGAGAGAAUGAGUAAGCUGUCACGUGACACACUGACGGAGUCCGUCACCUCCCUGCUACAGAGCUCUCAGGAGAAGAAACGAAAGUUCCGCGAGACGGUCGAGCUGCAGAUAUCGCUAAAGAACUACGACCCGCAGAAAGACAAGCGGUUCAGUGGUACAGUGAAGCUACGUCACAUCCCUAGACCCCACAUGAAGGUGUGUGUACUAGGAGACGCCUCCCACUGCGACGAAGCCAAGGCCAACGGUGUCCCUUGCAUGGAUGUUGAGGCUCUAAAGAAACUUAACAAGGACAAAAGCUGGUCAAGAAACUCGCCAAGCGCUACGAUGCGUUCCUGGCAUCUGACAGCCUCAUAAAACAGAUCCCUCGUCUCCUUGGCCCGGGACUGAGCAAGGCUGGCAAGUUCCCCACCAUGCUGACUCACUCCGACAACCUGGUGGUGAAGGUAGAUGAACUUAAGGCCACCAUUCGCUUUCAGAUGAAAAAGGUACUGUGUCUAGCAGUUGCAGUGGGUCAUGUAGAGAUGUCGGAGGAUCAGCUAACGUCCAACAUUCUGCUAGCCAUCAACUUCCUCGUCUCCCUCCUCAAGAAGAACUGGCAGAACGUCCGCUCUCUCUAUAUAAAGAGCACCAUGGGAAAAGCUCACCAGAUAUACUAGAGACUCUAUGAUAGCAGUUGUAAUAUUUGGGGUUGUACAGAACAAUUGAGGUUUUCAAAAUGAGAA